AUGGCCCGUACCAAGCAAACUGCCAGAAAGUCCACCGGUGGCAAGGCUCCGCGUAAGCAACUUGCAUCCAAGGCUGCCCGUAAGAGUGCCCCAUCAACCGGAGGUGUCAAGAAGCCCCACAGAUACAAGCCCGGAACUGUCGCCCUCCGUGAGAUUCGUCGUUACCAAAAGUCGACUGAGCUCCUCAUCCGAAAGCUCCCCUUCCAACGUCUGGUCCGUGAGAUUGCUCAAGACUUCAAGUCCGACCUGCGAUUCCAGUCGUCCGCCAUCGGUGCCCUGCAGGAGUCGGUUGAAGCAUACCUGGUCUCUCUGUUUGAGGACACCAACUUGUGUGCCAUCCACGCCAAGCGUGUCACUAUCCAGAGCAAAGACAUCCAGCUUGCUCGUCGUCUCCGAGGAGAGCGCUCUUAA